AUGUAUCCAAAAACUUUUAUUUUCAUACUGUUCAUAAUACUCCUCAAUGUUUUCCUAUCUCCAACUACUGCCCAAUACUUGAUUGGAGUUGGCAGCUAUGACAGCACCGGACCGGCUGCUGGAGUCAACAUGAUGGGGUAUGCAAAUUUGGAUCAAAGCACAGCAGGAAUACAUUUUAGGCUAAGAGCACGAGCUUUCAUCAUAGCAGAGAGCUUAGACGGCCCUAGAAUUGCAUUUGUCAAUCUAGACGCUGGAAUGGCGUCGCAACUUGUGACAAUCAAAGUACUUGAGAGGCUUUCCAAAAGGUUUGGGAAGUUGUACAACGAGGAUAAUGUAGCCAUAAGUGGUACUCACACUCAUGCUGGUCCAGGAGGCUAUAUGCAAUAUGUAUUGUACUCUGUGACUUCACUUGGCUUCAUUCCUCAGUCUUUUGAUGCCAUUGUUACAGCCAUUGAAAUGAGUAUUCUUCAAGCUCAUCAGAAUCUUAAAUCCGGUUCAGUUUUCAUCAAUACAGGGGAUUUGGUAAAUGCAGGGGUAAAUCGGAGCCCAAGUGCAUAUUUGUUUAACCCUCCAACUGAGAGGGAAAGAUAUCCACGAGAUGUUGAUACCCUAAUGACUCUUUUGAAGUUCGUCGAUGGUACAAGUCAGAAAAGUGUAGGAGCUUUCACAUGGUUUGCAACUCAUGGAACCUCUAUGAGCAGCAACAACACACUUAUUAGUGGUGACAAUAAGGGGGCUGCUGCUAGGUUCUUUGAGGACUGGUUCACUUCUACAAGCACAAACUCGACUACUUUUUAUGCACAAGAGAAUACCAGCACCAGUGCUUUGAUAAAAAGGGCUUCGACUAUUAAAGCUACCGGAGGUCAACCUUGCAGUCAGACAUCAAGUCAAGGGUUCAAGGUGAGAAAGAAUAAUGGUGGGUCACAAUUUGUUGGAGCGUUUUGCCAAUCCAAUGUGGGCGACGUUAGUCCAAAUGUGUUGGGAGCAUUUUGUACUGAUACGGGCUUACCUUGCGACUUCAAUCACUCUUCUUGUCAUGGAAAUGACCAGCUUUGUAUCGGACGUGGCCCUGGGUACCCAGAUGAAACAAAGAGUACCAAAAUCAUAGGGGAAAGACAAUUUCUAAAGGCAGUUGAGCUAUUCACCUCAGCUAAAGAACAGUUAACUGGAAAGAUCGACUAUCGUCAUAUAUACUUAAACUUCACGAAUAUUGAUGUGAAAUUAGCUGAUAACCAGACUGCCAAAACAUGUCCAGCAGCCUUAGGUGCGGGUUUUGCUGCCGGAACUACUGAUGGUCCUGGGGCUUUUGGGUUCCAACAAGGUGAUAAAAAGAUUAACGAAUUUUGGAAACGAGUAAGAGAUUUUCUUAAAAAACCGAGUGCUUAUCAAGUUGAUUGUCAAAACCCAAAGCCUGUUCUGGUUUCGACUGGAGAAAUGUUUUUUCCUUACGCUUGGGCGCCAGCAAUUGUUCCCAUUCAAAUCCUGAGAAUAGGGAAACUAGUCAUACUAUCAGUUCCUGGAGAAUUUACAACAAUGUCGGGUAGAAGAUUACGGGAGUCAGUGAAGAAGACAUUAAUAGAUAACGGCAAUGGUGGAUUUGACAACAAUACACAUGUCGUAAUAGCAGGUUUAACCAACACGUACUCACAAUACAUAGCAACUCCUGAAGAAUACCAGCAACAAAGAUAUGAGGCUGCAUCAACGCUAUACGGUCCUCAUACUCUAUCGGCAUAUAUCCAAGAAUUUAACAAGUUAGCAGAGUCAAUGGCGAAAGGGCUUAAGAUAGUUGACAAAGGCCCAUCACCGCCAGAUCUCUCCUCUAUCCAACUGACGCUCCUACCAGACCCACCAGGUGAAUCACUGCCACCUGGCAUAAAGUUUGGUGAUAUGAAACACGACAUUUACACACCAAAAACUGGAUUUUUUAGAAAAGGAGACAAACCCAGUGUCGUGUUUUGGAGCCCAAACCCCAGAUAUGACUUAUUGACCGAAGGCACAUAUGCUGUAGUUGAGAUGCUUCAAAGAGAGAUGUGGGUCCCGGCCUACGAUGAUGAUGAUUUUAGCCUGAUUUUCAAGUGGAAUGUAGACAACAGUAGUAAUAAUGGUUUGGCUAGUCUUGAAUGGGAGGUGCCUAAUUCGGCUAUUAAUGGGGUUUAUAGAUUUAGGCAUUUCGGUUCAUCUAAGGAAACAAUUGUUUCUACUGUCAAAUACUUUACUGGUGCAUCAAGUGCAUUCACAGUAUCGUGAAACCUGACCUUCAGGCACACUUGACAUGACUACGUUUAAACAUA